AUGGUACCAGGGAAGAGGAAGACUGCGGUAAAAAAGAGGCCCGGCCUCCGUCCAUGCCAGUUAAAAGCGGCCAGAAUGGAGAGAGUCUCCGGUGAAAUGUUCCUUAUUCUUGCUGGUUUGAAUGAGACAAGGAGAGACAAAAACAUCUAUUUUGGCUUUUCUUUUGUGUCCUACCUCUGUACGCUUUUUGUAAAUCUGUCUCUCAUACUAAUCAUUUCCACAGAGAAGAUUCUCCAUGAGCCCAUGUACAUCUUCCUGUGUAAUCUCUGUGUUAAUGGCAUUUUUGGGGCUACGGGUUUCUACCCCAAGAUUCUCAUUGACCUCAUGUCAGACUCUCAUAUUAUUUCAUACAGCGCAUGUAUACUUCAGGUUUGUGUCGUCCACACUUAUAUUUUCUCUGAAAUAACAAAUCUGACAGUGAUGGCUUAUGACAGGUAUGUUGCAAUUUGCAAACCACUGGAGUAUCACUCCAUCAUGACACCACAGAGGCUGAGGAACCUGAUAUUAUCUGCUUGGUUUUUUCCUUUAAGUCAGAUUUUGAUGUGUUUAUUGCUGACGGUCAGACUGCCUCUCUGUGGCAUAAGGAUUGAAAAAGUUUACUGCUCCAACUGGGAUGUUGUUAAAUUAUCCUGCUCUGAUUACUUUUUGACAGAGGUGUAA